AUGAAGCUGCUCGCUCUCACCCUCACCCUGUUCGGAACAUCCAUGCUCGCCCCAGUCGUGAUGGGCGCAGCUGUUGAUACGGGACCGGGAUUGAACGCGGGACCGAAUGCGCCAUCGAGUGCACCACCGAAUGCACCACCGAAUGCGCUGCCGGACGAGGAUGGCCCACACCCUCCCCGGCGAGACUGGUGCGCUCCGGGCUUGGUUUGCUACACCGAUUGGGAUUGUAGGAGGGAUCAAGAUUGCUCACGUAGGGUGUCAGAUUUUAGCCAAAUUUUCUGCGGGACCUUCUUCUAUCCGCAUUCUUGCUGGUAUAGGAAGGGUUAG